UUGCACGAGCACUUUCUCCUAAAGCAUGGAGAGAUUUAAUGCCAUCAGUGCGUAAGGUUGGUGCACAGCUUGUGAAGGAGGGAAUCAUCCUUGUCACCCAGAGAGGAACAAUUGUUGAUUUGCCAACAGCUCGAGGACCAGUUAGAUUUGGACUUGCAAGAGAAGAUGAUGGAGUCUAAUGUGGGUAUUGGGAGACGGGUCGAAUGUGAUGGCCAUCGAGGAACAAUUCAUUGGAUUGGAGAGCUGCCCCCGGCUCAGGGCACGUGGUACGGCAUUGACUGGGAUGAUGCUUCUCGUGGUAGACAUGAUGGAUCCCACAACAACAUAAAGUAUUUCCAAACCAGAUACCCAACUUCAGGAUCUUUUGUUCGUCCAGCUAAAGUGAACACAGGAAUAACCUUUGAAAAGGCAAUACGAGGAAGGUACCAGGAUGAUGCAACUGUUGAAUCUGAGGUAAUGGAACAGUUACAGAGGGAAAUUAAUGCAAGAUUUGUGGAAGUGGUGGGCAUGGAUAAAGUUGGAAGGAAACAAAGCAUAUUAGAAGAGCUUGGAACAGCAGGGCUUACUGGAUGGAUGAUCUGGGGAACUGAUGAAGCAGACUUGACGACUAUUCUUCCCAGGUUGCAUUCAGUUGAUGUUUCAAAUUCUCUUCUCUCCUCAUGGAUUGCAGUUGCAGAUAUCGCUCGACAGCUGCCCCGUCUUCGUUUCUUAAAUGUUAGUGGUAACAUGUUGUGCAUUCCUGAUCAUCCUGAAGAACUGAAGAAGAGCCUGAAUCAUGUUGUUCACCUAGUCUUGAACAACAUGUUAGUUUAUUCAUGGAUGGACCUUUUGACAUGCUGUACUAUGUUUCCUGAACUGAGGAAUUUACAGGUGGCUUUCAAUAAGCUUGAUGUUCUGGGACCCAUUCCAUGUGGUGUAUUUGACUGUUUAGAAGAACUAGACAUUGGAGAGAACCCCAUAUCCUCGUGGGAAGAAAUAUGCCAUUUAGGUUCACUUCCCAGACUUGAGAGCUUAAAUGCCAAUAGUUGUUGCUUGAAGAGGAUCACUUUCCCUUCCACCUCAGCCACUGACAAGACACCACUCUUCCCUCAUCUCGAGCGUUUGAUGCUGGCCAACAACCCAUUGGACACGUGGGAGUGUACUGGAGAGCUGAACAAGCUAUCAAAGAUGGAAUACCUGGUCAUCAGCUACAAUGUGAAGACUUCUCGAUAUUUCCAGGAAUUUACAUUUGCACGUAUUAGUAAGCUGAAGGUUUUGAACCGAACUGAAUUGUCUCCAAAGGAAAAGAGAGACUGUGAAUUAUUCUAUCUGAAAACUUUUAGCAGUGAAUAUUACAAGAAUGGAGGAAAAGAAGACCAGAACUCAAACAGCUUGUCUCAAGAGUUUAUUGAGAAACAUCCUACCUACUUAAGGCUUAUUAAAGCCCAUGGUGCUCCUUUGGAUGAUACUGACUUCAAAACACAAAAGAGUCAGAAAUUGAAGGAUCUGAAAGUAGAGUUGAAGAUAAUAAUCCUGUCUGAGCCUCAAAGGGAAGAGACUUUCAAAUUUUUUCUGCUGACAACCAAAGUUGCAAAAGUAAAGAUGAUGUUGAAGAGACACUUGAAGAUCAACCCAUCCACCAACCUCAAACUCUCUUACUGCUCCACGAAGGAUGGAGGUUUUGAAAUACCUAUGGACAAUGACCAACAAGACUUGGCUUUCUAUUCUGUUGAAAAUGGUGAUGUCCUGUUGAUUAGCUUGUGAUUACAAACUUGAAGUAUCACUUACUUCCAUAAUUAUUUAUGAAAGUAUGUAUCUUCACACACACACACACACACACACACACACACACACACAAGUUAAUAGAGGACAUAGAAGAGACAACAGAAAGUAGUUUCCCAUAAAGAAAUAUUGAUGUAUAGAACAGUCUGGAUAAGAAGAUAGUAAAUGCAAGAAGUAUACAUAGAUUCAAAGCUAAGUUAGAUAUUAAAAGAUAUGGAGAUAGGACAGCAUGAGCACAGCUCUCUUCUUGUGAAGCACAACUAGGUAAAUACACACACACACACACACACACACACACACACACACACACACACACACACACACACACACACACACACACACACACACACACACACACACAUUAUAUAUAUAUAUAUAUAUAUAUAUAUAUAUAUAUAUAUAUAUAUAUAUAUAUAUAUAUAUAUAUAUAUAUAUAUAUAUAUAUAUAUAUAUAUAUAUGCAGGGUGUCCCAUAAGUUUUCAUACAUAGGAAAAAUUAUAAGAAAUUAAAGAAUUAUAGAAAAAACAUUUUAAUUUAUAUAAUAUGCUCUACAUAACUGCCUUUGUGUUGAAAACACAUUUCAGUGCAUGUGUGUUGCCACCACUGUGUUCGUGUCAUGUGUGUGCACAUUGUCUCUAGCCUCUGUGGCAACUAUGUGUCGGUGGGCGUAGCUUGGUAUUGGAGACGAUGAUUUUCUUUCUCGAUAAUCAUCACUCACAACAUCCUUGUGCAAGUGGGUUAUCAAAGUUAGUCUGGCGUGUUGCAGUUUAUUUAGAAAACAUAAAUUGUCUUUACAGCUCAACAACAGUGCACUUCUUUACUACUCAAUCACACGACUAAGGUGAUUAGCAAAGUUAUUAAGACUCUUGCGUCUUGAUCAGAGUCUAAGUCUUUGAGUAACUCAAGUCAGAGCGACACAGGUUGUGCGUCUGUACUAUCUUGGUGACUGGCUGCUACUCAUGCUAAAAGUGACUUGAGGAUUGUCCGAGGUGUCGAGGCAUACGUCAUAGAUUUCCAUAGCCAAUAAUAUCAAGCAAAAUGAAUGACGUUUUAAUCUCCACCCAAUGGGAGGUAAGCCUUUAACAAGCUGAAUGGGCAUAAAACAAACCGGCUGUUUAUAGUUAAGCUUGGCUGUUAUCAAUUCAACGUCCUGUUCACCUCUUGCACAAUUCUUCUAAUACUAGCAUUAGAUUCUCUAACGCGUCUCUAAUUUCCUUCUAAUUCUACUCUUAUAUCUAUUCUUUUCUUCAUGCAAAGUAGUGCCUAUUACACAUGUCCUCCACUGCUGAAAAACACGUUCAAACACUGGAUUUAUGCUUGUAAUGGCGUUCGUGAUACCAUAUGUAGGGAAACUUAUGGGACACCCUGUGUGUGUAUAUAUAUAUAUAUAUUAUAUAUAUAUAUAUAUAUAUAUAUAUAUAUAUAUAUAUAUAUAUAUAUAUAUAUAUAUAUAUAUAUAUAUAUAUAUAUAUAUCCCAUCAUCAGUUACGCUUCUUAUUUUACCUUCGCUGGUUGUCCCCCCCCACUCUCUCUCUCUCUCUCUCUCUCUCUCUCUCUCUCUCUCUCUCUCUCUCUCUCUCUCUCUCUCUCUCUCUCUCUCUCUCUCUCUCUCUCUCUCUCUCUCUCUCUCUCUCUCUCUCUCUAAUUGCAAUGAUGUAUAUCAUUUCUUAGAUUUAGAUGACAAGUUAUUGAUGAUUAUAAAAGAGUUUUGAUAAAUGCUACCUUGUGGAUUUGCUCAUAUAUAUAUAUAUAUAUAUAUAUAUAUAUAUAUAUAUAUAUAUAUAUAUAUAUAUAUAUAUAUAUAUAUAUAUAUAUAUAUAUAUAGACACACACACACACAGAUGUUCCCAGACUUACAAAUUUCUUAGGUUCCAGAAUGCCAUUCAAAAGUUAUGUUCAUAUGUAAUAGUUUUGUGAAAUAUUUUGAGUGUACAGUACCCUCUUGAGUUUUUUGCUUGCUUUCUGAUUGAUUGUUUGUUGUAUAUAGAAGUACAACAAAGGAGGAGGCCAGAGCCUACCAGCCUUUUCCUGGGCAUAGGUUAAGGUAAAAUAUUUACAUGAAAAAGAUUGCAUUUCUUCCAAAGCCUUAGCACUAAACUUGGAUAUUGCAAAACUUAGGGUAUUGAAAGCACUGAGAAAUACUUAUUUAUGCUGGCAACAUGGUCUAGCACAGUGUGAGUGUGUUUUGUCCUUUCACUUAGUGUGAUGCAGGGGUGCGGCAGUUUGUAAACAUGGUGGAUCUUGAUUUUUAUGCUACAAGUGACUUGGGAUUUCUCCAGAUGUUCAUAACUGGAAUGUUUGUAAGUCAGGGAGCAUCUGUACAUAUGUUCGUUGAUUUCCUUUCAAAAUUUUAAUACCUCUUCAUGUAGUUUUUAUCAUAUGCUCUUUAUAACAAUAUAAUUUCUGUGGAGGCAGUCAUUUUGAAUACUUAUUGAUAUAGCAACUCAUAUGAGGAAAAAUACUUGAAGUGUAAAAUAAAGAAAAGUUUUUGAAAAUUUGUUUUUUCUUACAGUUAUAAAGCUUAUUACAUUUAAGUGGUUAUUGAAAGCUUCUCGCAUUAAAAAUCUAUUGACAAACUAAAGAAUAGAAUAAUGUCUUUUUUAUUAUAACAAGUUAUAUCUUGUUGCUUAUUGCUUUAGUAAUAGAUAUGCAAUGGGUUUUGAACUUAUGUGGGGAAACUUGGUCACUAACUUCACCCAUAUCCCUUUACUCUUGAGAAUUAGAUGGCAAGUCUAAAAUAUCUGGCUUAGCGUCCAUGAAUGACUGGAUAUCCUCAUCAUGAAAGGUGCUUUGUAGAAGGCUCGUAAGAGUACAUACCAGUGACUUUCAUUAAAGUAUAACAGAGGAAUCUUAUGUACUUCAUGGAGGUUGUCUUUUUUGCAAAUAAUAAUUUUAAUGAAAUACUGUGGUUUUAGUAAUCAGCAUGAAAUUUCACACAUUCACUAACAUCCAUAAUAUUUUCCAAUAUCUGACAAAAUUUAACUUGAAUAUAACCUUUGUGUAAGAAUGAGUAUCACCUGAAGCCCCAGAUUCCUGAUCCAGUCUUCAUCACCUUUUAUCAUAGAAGAGGAAGUUUUCAGGUAGGAGAAGAAAAACAUUACCUUGAAUGUUUCAGUUCUUCAAAUGUAAUAAGCUUUAGUGAAUUGAUAGGAGAGGUGGACAAUGCAGCUGAGAGGAUAUCUCUUUUCUCAAACCACUUGCACACAUAAAUUAAUGAUGCAGUGGACCAACUCUUCAGGUUUGAUCCAUGUACAAAGUCAUGAAGCAAGAAUAAACUGUCUUGCAUG